UAUUGCUUUGUAUCACUUCACUACUAACUGUAUAUCGAUUCCAUUAUGAGAGAAAUAAAAUUCACAAGAUAUGAAAUUGAACGGUAUCCUGUUUCUACUGAAAGAGGGGAUGUACCAGUACUUACCCCCUCAGCUUCUUCUCUAGAACUGAUGAACCAUAAUAAUUGCUGCAACGCUCGGAUAAAGCGAGGACUUUUGAUACUUCUUGUCAUAGUAGUCGGACUAUUUGUACUUCAUUGUCAAAACAAUAUUUACAACAGCAGUAUUUGGGAACCAAAAUCUGAUUUUCCCGACCAGAUGCCUAAUGAGGCAAACCCUGGUGCACAAAGAACACAUAGAAAAACUGACAUUAGGAGAAACAUGAUAUAUGGAUAUAAGGAACCCCAGUCAUCUAAUCAUAACCAAUCAACAGCUCCUAUUAAACAUUUAAAUAUUAACACCAAAAUUGCGAACGGCAAAUUGUUAUAUAAUCGAAUACCAAAGUGUGGUAGUACGACCUUGUUUCGUAUUUUACAGGUGCUCAGGAGCCAGGAAAAACGUUUUGUUUAUUCACAUUCUCCUAUUUUCUCUCACAAAUUUCUUAAUCUUACUGAACAGGAGAAAUUUGUGAAAACAUUUUCAAGGAGAAAACCACCAUUUGGGAUGGAUAGACACCUGUAUUUUAUCAACUUUGAGAAAUUUGGUUUCUCUAAUCCUAUCUACAUCAAUAUAGUGAGGAAUCCACUGGAUAGAUUGGUCUCAGAUUACUACUUCAGAAGAAUAAAACAAAACAAAGCAAAGUCCAGAUUCACCAAGGAUGAAAUAAAUAUGACUUUGGACAAUUGCAUAUCUCGUCUUGGAAUGAAUACUUGCAUUAGUGUUGAUCGAAAUAUUUACACAAAAUGGUUCUGUGGACAUGUAAGUGAUAUUUGCAGUAAUCCUGAGAGAGCAACCGCCUUAGCCAAGUAUAACAUAGAUAACAUAUACACUCUGAUUGGUGUCACUGAGUUCUUCACUGAAACACUCGAACUCUUGGAAUAUAAAAUUCCACUUUUCUUCAAAGGUGCUUUUAAUUUGUUCAAAACAUAUGGCAGUAGAAAUGUAAACAAAAGAAAAUUGGACUACCCAAAAACUUCACUUCGUAUUAUCACAGCGUGGUUGAGGAAUGACCUUGAAAUCUAUUAUUUUAUUCGACAGAAAUUUUUCAACGAAAUACAAAAACUCAAAAAUUGAAGCAAUUUGAAUGAAAAAACACAAGGUGCACGAUAUCUAAUCUUUGACUAUAAUAUCAAGAGGUAUUAAUAAACCAAAGUUUGACAAUAUUAUGACGGAGGAAAUAAAGAUAAUACAAUACAUAAACAACUGUAUAUACUACAGGGUGGGG